UGAGUGUUCGUAUACAUUCAUAGGUGAACAGAUCAAAGUCUUUGAGCUCUCUUAAACACCAGAGAGGUUUGUUGAAAUGGGAUCUGAUUCCCAGCACAUAGUGAUGUUACCGUUCAUGGCUCAUGGUCAUCUCAUCCCAUUUCUUGCUCUUGCAAGGCAAAUCCGCCGGAGAACUGGCUUCACCGUCACCAUCGCCAAUACCCCUUUCAACAUCCAACACCUUCGUUCCACCAUGAACUCCUCAUCAUCAUCAUCCCCACCUGAACCCUCCAUCUGUCUCGUGGAGCUCCCUUUCUCUGUCUCCGACCAUGGCCUACCCGCCAACACUGAAAACUCUGAAAACUUGCCUUUAGAUCUUAUUGGGAAAUUUUUCGCAGCAUCAACAAGUCUUAGGAACCCAGUUCAUGGUCUUCUUUCUGAUAUUGUAGCUAAAGAAGGGAAGCCUCCGCUCUGUGUAAUAUCAGAUAUUUUCUUUGGAUGGGCAGAUGAAGUUGCCAAGAGUGUAGGUACUGUUAAUCUGAGCUUUUCUACCGGUGGAGCCUAUGGCUCUUUGGCUUAUAUUUCUUUGUGGUUGAAUCUUCCUCAACGGAAAGCUGAUUCCGAUGAGUUUCACGUGCCGGGAUUUCCUGACAGCUACCGUUUUCAUAUAACUCAGUUGCAUCAAUUUUUAAGAAACGCAGAUGGUACUGAUUCAUGGUCCAAGUUUAUGCAGACACAGAUCUCACUUUCUUUGCAAUCCUUUGGAUUUUUAUGCAAUACAACUGAAGAAAUUGAACCUCUAGCAUUGGAGCUCUUGAGGAAAUAUAUUAAGCUUCCUGUUUGGAGUAUUGGACCUCUUCUUCCACCUGAUGUGCUCAAUGGUUCAUCCCUUUCAGGUUCAGGUUCAGGUUCAAGCAUAACCAUUCAACGUGCAGGGAAAAAACCUGGGAUUUCUACAGAGAGAUGUCUGGAAUGGCUAGAUUUACAGAGUCCAGUUUCAGUUCUUUACAUCUCUUUUGGUUCACAAAACUGCAUUACUCUGUCUCAGAUGAUAGAAAUGGCAAUUGGGUUGGAAGAAAGCACAAAGCCUUUCAUUUGGGUGAUAAGGCCACCAGUGGGUUUUGACAGAAAAGCUGAAUUUAAAGCACAAUGGCUACCAGAAGGAUUCGAAGAGCGAAUCAACAGCAGAAAACAGGGAUUGUUGGUGAGGAAUUGGGCACCCCAGUUGGAGAUUCUGUCACACAAAUCCAUUGGAGCAUUUCUCAGCCACUGUGGUUGGAAUUCUGUACUGGAAAGCUUGAGCCAAGGUGUGCCGAUCAUAGGAUGGCCUCUAGCAGCAGAACAGGCGUAUAAUUCUAAAAUGCUGGUGGAAGAAAUGGGUGUUAGUGUGGAGCUGACAAGAGGACUUCAAAGCACUAUAACUUGGAAAGAAGUGAAGGAGGUGGUGGAUCUGGUAAUGGAACCAAAAGGGAAAGGUGAUCAUAUGAGGAAGAAGGCUUUGGAGAUUAGUAUGUUAAUGAGAAAAUCAGUAAAAGAGGAAGGUGAAGAGAUUGGGUCUUCUGUCAAAGCAUUGGAUGAUCUCGUAAAUAUCCUUCUAUCCAAAAGACAAGAGAACAAGCCAAUUGCAUGAAUUUUUUUUUAUUGCAUGAAUUAAGUGAAUAGAAAAUGGAAAAUUUAGAUUUUGAGAAAUGCUAUAUAUUUUUUUUGAAAGCA